AUGGUGGGUCCAAUAAAAAUCCAGGGUCCCUGUCAAGCUCCUGUUACUAUUCAAGCUGACGGAGUGCAUUUCAUGGCUCCUGCCGAUGUCAGCAAGUUCAAAUCACAAAACGGGUGGUUCACCUUCCAGAGUAUAAAUGGCUUCACCCUUUUGGGAGGAAUAUUUGAUGGUCAAGGACAAAAUGCCUGGAAGCAGAAUGACUGUUCAAAAACAGGAAAAUGCGGAUCAUUGCCUAUAAAUCUAAGUUUCCACAAAAUCACAAAUUCGAGAAUCCAAAAAGUGACAUCCGUGGACAGCAAGUUAUUCCACAUGAAUGUGCUCAACUGCAAAAACCUAACACUAGAGCACAUCAACAUAAUUGCACCGGAAGAAAGCCUAAACACAGACGGGAUACACAUCGGGCGUUCAAACGGUGUCAACAUUAGCGAUGCCGUCAUCAAAACUGGUGACGACUGUGUGUCUCUGGGUGAUGGGAGCCAACAAGUGAACAUUGAGAAAGUGAGUUGCGGACCAGGCCACGGCAUUGCCAUUGGGAGCCUGGGAAAGUAUCCUAAUGAAGACCCCGUGGUUGGAAUCACGGUGAGGAAUUGCACCAUAACAAAUACUAUGAACGGAGUCAGGGUCAAGACUUGGCCCGCUUCUCCUUCGGAUGGUAUAGCUCGUGACUUGCAUUUCAUGGAUAUUGUCAUGAACAACGUUGGCACCCCGGUUUUGAUCGAUCAAGAGUAUUGCCCUUACAAUAACUGCAAAGCAGAGGUGCCAUCGCGCGUUAAGAUUAGUGAUGUGAGCUUCAAAGAUAUACGUGGAACAUCAGCAAGCCAAAUGGCGGUCCAACUUAAGUGCAGCAAAGGAUACCCAUGCAAAAAUGUGGAGUUGAGUAACAUUAAUCUGAGGUACCAAGGCAAGAGUGGGACUGGGAGUGGUGCCACAUCUGAGUGUAGCAAUGUGAAGCCAAAGCUGACUGGAAAUCUGUUUCCUCCGGCUUGUGCACUUUCCUCUGCUUAG